CGAAGACGAGCCAGUGCCUGGUAUGCGUGUUGUAUUGCGAGUCGCGCAUCCGACACAAAACGGCGUACGCUGUGUGACUUAAGUCAGCUUGGACGAAAACACAGAAUUACUUUGUUAUUAGACGUUUUGUGUUUGAUGUUGUUUAGUUGAAGUGUGCCCUGGGUAGUUGCAGUUGUUUUGCGAGAUUUGUUGCCUGUUUUUAGAUAAUCUAAUAUGAAACGAUAGUGCCUUUAGUGAAUGCCGAUGUGAAAGAUAUGGUCCAAGAUGUACGCCGUACAAAAUUUUUAUGCCACAAUUCUUAUUUGCUGUUUAGUCAUAUUGGAUCUAAUCUUAGCUGAUAAUGAAUAUAUGGUGUCAAAAGCAGAAACGAUAUCACUGGAACCACAGUAUGAAACAAAGUUGACAUGCGAAAUGAACAUUGAACCGGACAAAUUCCAAUGGAAAUUUUACCCCACCUCUGACUAUUAUAACCCAAAGACUGAGAUAGAUUUAAGUACAUCGAACUACAGGCUAAAACCUGACAAGUUUGAACAAAAUUUAAGAAACGACAAGCACGCGAGACAACGAAAAAAAUCAUCACUGCCAGUGGUGGCUGAUUCCGAGUUGGUCGCUGGAGACUACCAAUGUUUGGCGUAUUAUGGUGCCUCGGUGAUAGCUUCGGUACCAUGGAGGAUUACCAUGGCCAAAUUAAAUAAGUUUGCCUACCAACCCAGCGUGGAUAUACAGGUGGUCGAAGGCAAUACUGUCUCGUGGAGGUGCCAACCUCCAGAAUCGAACCCUGAGGCAUACAUAGAUUACUAUAGAGGCGAUCAAAGGAUAGAUCCACCAUUUUUGAAGCCUCGCAUUAAAACAAUGCUGCUGCAAAAUGUCAGUGUAACUGAUAGUGGUAGAUAUAAAUGCACGGCGACAUUGAAUAUCAAAAAGUAUACCUCUGACACGACGCUUAGUUUGAAAGUGGUGCGUUACAUGGAGCACAUGGAGCCAACGUUCAUAAUAAAACCGAAAACUUUGUAUACGGUUGUUAAAGGUGGCACCGUGUUUUUGGAUUGUUCUGCGGUUGGUAACCCUAUACCCAAAGUGGUGUGGUACAAGAAGACCGGGCAAUUGCCAACAGACAGAACCGAGUUCGUAUCUGGUGGUUUGAAGAUUAAAAAUGUCACCUUGAGCGAUACAGGGGUGUACGAAUGUAACCAUACUAACGACAGGGGUACCAUUUCGCACCAAAUCACCUUGAUGUAUAACGAGGAACCCACAGUUAAGUGUCAGAUGAAUUUAACUGACGUUAAGCAAGGAGAAGCGCUGGAUUUCGACUGUGCCGUAACUGGAAUACCAGAACCCAGUGUAACCUGGUUACUGAACGGGUUUUCGGUUAAAAAUGAUAGCGGUAUUGAAGCAAUUGGUAACAAAAUAUAUUUCAAAGCAGUGGAGAAAAGGCAUGCCGGUAAUCUACAAAUAUUCGCCAGAAAUUCCGUGAAAACCGUCUACAGCAGCAUAAGUAUACGCGUGGUACCACUAUCUACAAGCGAAACUCAGGUAACCCCAAGCAGACAUAACCACAGGCACACCAACAAAAUGAAGAGUAGGAAAAUGAACGGCAAACAUGGUAAAAAUAAACCCCCCCAGAUGGUACCACCAACAAAACCGGUUAUAACGAGGGUUAACGACGAAACCGUCAUGGUUAGGUGGUCGGUACCCAUUAACGAUGGCUUACCCAUACAGUUUUUUAAAGUGCAGUACAAAGAGUUUGGUCCUUUUAACUCCACCGAAAUACAUAGAGGAAAAGGCUGGAAGACCAUGAAUGCAGACAUACCGCCCACAAUUAAGAACCACGAGGUACCCAACCUAAAACCCGACUACAUUUACAGGUUUAGGAUUUCAGCUGUCUUCAGCAAUAACGAUAACAAGCAAAGUAAUAUUUCCGAUAAGUUUCACCUGAGAAAGCUUGAUUUCGACGAUAGAAACCCCUUACCGGUCCCUAUAUUAACUGAAACUGAAACGGUCAACUCCACAUCGAUAAGACUUAACUGGAAGAUGCCUCCCACACAGAGCACCAAUGUUACAAUUGAAGGUUUCUACAUUAGCUACCUUUCGUCCAGCCAAGCUGGCGAUUACAUGACGGCAACUGUAGAUGGAAAAAACACCAAAUCCUACGUUAUAUCGCAUCUUCAACCUGAUAUGUCCUACGACAUAAAAUUGCAGAGUUUCAACUUCAGAACUGCCAGUGAGUUUAGCUCCAUACUAAAGGGAAAAACAGCAGCAAUCCCAGUACCGGUAACUGUAACCCAAGUUAACACUGCGCCGGCUAGUAACUCCUACAAAACGGAUUCAAGCCAAUUGUACAUUUUCGUGGCCGUCGGUGUUGUUUUGGCGGCAUUACUGAUCAUAGCCAUCUUUGGUUUGGUCGUGUGCCGGAAGUGGAAGCAAAAAAAGAACCUGAAUAAGAACGACAAACCUGCCGUUGAAGAGCACCACAUACAAGCGGACUGCAACGAUUACGUGGUGGGUACGAAAUCGUUGCCCAGGACAAACGGUUGCGCGUUGCCAGGCAACAGGAUUACCAUCACGUCCAAUCCGCUUGCAGACACGGACAACAAGAAUCAAAACAACAUGAUAGAGAUGUCCUGCAUGGCGUCGCAAAAUAACAACUUCACCGGUCAGCAGCCGUCGUCGGCCGCGUCCGGCGAGGAUGCGGCAACAGCGCUGCAGCCGGCAACGUCGAACAAGAUCAAGAACCGCGAGAAAUCGAAGCGGAAAAGCGUAGAGAAAGCCUCCGGCGAAAAUUAUGUUUAGCGAACCAAGAUGUGGUCCUAGGGUGUUUCAUUUAAAAAGAAAUUUUUUUUUCUUGCUGACACAUGAACAUUUUGUUUUUUAGGUUGAAAAAAAAAUUCCCUGAAAAUUUGAGCCCUUAAUUUUGAUUCUAGGUACUUCCUUUUUAAUUUUGUAGUUUUUCCCUAUAAAAAGCAUGUAUUUUUAAUCAUUUUUACUUUAAAUUUCUAUAUCUUGGCCGGGUUUUGAAUUAUAAUUUUUAUCACCAUAAUUUUCUGCAUAGUAUUCACG